CAGGGAAAGAGAGCGAGUGUGUGUGUUUGUGAGUGAGAGCAGGGGGGAGAGAGAGGGGUGUAGGUGUGUGUUGUAACAGAUGAGAGGGAAUCUUUGCCAGAUUAGUCAGGAAAGAGGCAGGCUUGUUAGGAGAUCGCACAGGCAUGGAGCAUCACAUGCACACACACACACACACUGACACCCGUCCGCUCACACAUGUACAGUGCACCAGGCAGCUCUCAGCUGUGUUGUACAUCGUCGCGGAUUACCCUCCAUCCCUCCAGUAUAUUCCGCUGGAACGAUUGCAGCCCCUUAGAGAGAGCAGCGGGGCUUUUAAAGCCUUCAUUUGAGCCGAGCGAUGAUGAACAGGAUUUCUUUUGUUACCUCUGUAGUGUUGUUGUCUCCUCUAACUCAAUUCUCUGCUAUGCAUUGUGGGUUCGGAUGUUGUGCAAGCAUGCAUUGUUUUAUGUUAAUUAUUUUAUUUUUUGUCACCAUCAGUUCUAAUUUUGUGAGGCUUGGGUAAUUAUUAUAAUUCUGCAUGGUGCAUGGUCCCUGUGCCUCUGAUCAGUGUGUGUGUGAAAAUACAAUAUUUCAGCAUGCUUUCAUCUUUUGUCCUUGAGAAAUACAUUUUCUCAAGCGCAUGCUUUAUUAUAUGAUUUGAAUGCUGUUGUGUGUGUGUGCACUGUAUGAGCCGUGUGUGAUUGAUGCAUCAAUACUAUGUUCGGAUUGGACGGCAUGCUUUCUCAAUUUCCUCCCUCUCCUCCCCAGCUGGGCUGCUGCUGCUUGAGCUGCUCUUGCUGCAUGCAUACUCAUGUUUCUGGCCUCUAAUUGCCUUUGUGGAAAAUACAGUGGUUGCAGCAGUUAUUGGAAAAAGGAGCGAUGAAAUGGUUGAAAAUAACUCGGCAUGCAGCAGGCGGGCACCCUUCUCGAACGCCACAUCUCAUCUUUGUGCAAAAUCAGAAAAAAUAUGGGUUGUUAUUUCUUGCAUUAUUAAAAUGUUUAGGUUCUGCGCUUCGGUAUAACACGGCUUCUUCCAAUCUAUUCACAAUCAUUGUGCAUUUUUUUUUAAAUGCUGCCUUUCCCUCGAUAAUCAUCUGACAUCAAAGCCUCCAGAUAAAAUAGUCUGUCCUAAAUUUGCAGAGACAGCACAGCGGUUGAGUCGCUCCACUUCAUGCAAAUUCAUAUGCUAUUGUGAUGAAUAAAUAAACACUCUUUCAUUUGAAUACAAAAAACACACUACAAUUCUGAAAGCUUAAGCGCCAGUACUGCUAAUAAGCUGGAGACUGUGAGUGUUGAAUUGGAUGGGCUUUAGAUUUGGAUUCUAUAGAUUGCUGUCUGAAGUGCUUCAGGUUUCUGUCUGAGUGGUUAAUAAAUACCAGUUUCCAAGCAUGCCAACUGUCACAUGAGGAAGAGUUCAGGUGAAUGGAAGAGUUUUGAAUGGAAGUCGGUCACAGCUCUCCUUCUGUCCUUCCACUCCCCAGUCGUUCUUGUGAUUCUGAAGUAUAAACUGAACAACACAGGAAGCAUGUGACAGGCUCUGUGUCCUGAGGCAGGAGAGAACGGUUCCCUGGAGGAGAUGGAAGAGGACAUCAGUCUGAAGAAGCGUAAAAGUGAUCAUCAUGGGGAGAAAGGACUGCAGGCCGGCCAGGAAACUGGCGAAAAGGUCAAAAGGAAGCGAGGACGCCCACCUGCUGAGAAACUGCCUCCAAACCCACCUGAGCUCACCAGGAAACUGAGCACGCUGGUAGAUAUGGUUACCAACUACAAGGACGGUUUGGGUCGACAGAUCAGCAAAGGCUUUGUGCAGCUUCCCUCUAAGAAGGAGGUACCCGAGUACUACGAGCUGAUCCGAAAGCCUGUCGACUUCAGAAGGAUCAGGGAACGUGUGCGUAAUCAUAAGUACAGAAGUGUGGGGGAUCUGGAGAAGGACAUCUUCCUCCUGUGUCACAAUGCUCAGACCUAUAACCUGGAGGGAUCUCAGAUCUAUGAGGAUUCAAUUGUCAUCAAGUCUGUUUUCGAGAGCGCGAGACAGCGAAUUGACACAGACGAGGAGCAGAAAGAGACGGUCAGCGCCGGUCACAGCGAUAAUGGCGGCGGAGCUGAAGACCAAUUUGUUCCAUCAGCAGUGAAACCAUUACCAGUCCAGCUAAAAAAGGGGAAGAAGGAGGGUAGAAGCAGAAAUACCAUGGCCAAGAGGCUCCACAGUGAUUUAGACAGUGAUGAGGAUCUAGAGGACAGCACCACAAAAGAUGAAGGUUGAACCGAAGGGCCCUCGGUUUUUGUUUUUUUUGUAUUCUGGUUCAUGUUUAUUCUCUACCGCACCCCUUUACAUUGGUUUCUUCAUUUUCAAAACAAGACCGGAAGGACCCCUCAAAGAGAGCCACUUAUGGAACAAUGCGUCUUUCUUUUAGAUGACUCAUGCCACUCAAAACGCUUUUUGCUGCACAUAGUGCUGUUCUUUUUCCUUUAGCUGUUCUUUUUUUAUGAUUUCCCUUUUAUCUGUGGUUACAUCUGCAAAUAUGAUGUAAAAAAAACGGUUUCCUCUGACUGUUUUUAACCAAUAUAUUUGAUUGUCUAAAAAUGCCUUCAUAGGUCUUGGAUCAUAAUACGUAAAUCUCUCCUGAAGCUGGCUCGACGACGAAUUGACAAAUACCAGUUAUUAUACUUUUGUGUCUAUUUCUGAUUCUGGAUGGAAUAAGCUUGGGUCUAAUCAAGGGUACUCCCGUCGAAUAUUUGUAUCCCUUGUGCUACAGUAUAUCCACAUAUUGUACAGUUUAUGUGAAAAUGAAUGAAAAAAAUAAAAUAAAUUUCUUUUCAUUUACUCUCUUGGUUGUUGGGGGGGGGGUGGGGGGAUACAUCAUUGUAAGGACAAUCCC